CUUCUAGUAAAGACCAGUUUGAUAUAUAGAUCUGGAAAAAGUCUAUAGUAGGUGGUUUCACGUUCUGUCUCUGAUGGAAAUAGAUCCUGUUUUAUAUCAACUGAAACGAGCAGCAAGCCAAAACCCAGCUGCUGUGAAAGAUGCAGAGACAUAUCUUCAAGAAUGGAAGAAGGAACCUGGUUUUUUCGCCAAAUUAUAUAGUAUCUUUUUAGACAAACAAAACGACAUUAGUUUGCGAUGGCUUGCAAUCAUUCAAAUUAGAAACUCCAUUGACGUUAUUUGGAGAAAAAACACGAAGUCAUCAUUAUUACCAGGUGAAAAGGAUUUCUUCCGUAAUAAUGCUCUUGCUGGAUCUAUUCACUCAGAAGAUCAGUUAGUUGUUCAAAAUGCUCUCGUUUUAUCCAGAAUAGCUCGCCAAGAUUACCCAUCUGAAUGGCCCUCUCUUUUUCAAGAACUGAUUUCUAGUCUUCAUCAAAAUUUUGAUGCCCAACAACCUCAUUUAGCUUUACGAUUGCUUAUAACUUUGCAUCACAUAGUCAAAGCCAUGGCCGGAAACCGGUUGCUUCAAGCUAGGAAAACGUUUUAUGAAAUAACUCCUCAUCUUCUUAUGACUUUACAGCCAAUUUUGGACUGGCAUCUUUCGCAGUGGAUUCAUGCGCUCGAAACCUCGUCUAUGCAGUCUUCCGAGGCCAUUUAUUACUCAAUGCAGAUAUCACGGUAUGCUCUCAAGACUUGCAGAAGAUUAGUUAUAUUUGGAGUACCAAAUCCAAGUGAUAGUGAUUUGAGCAAAGAAAUGCUUGCUUUCGGUGCGGUGUCACAGCAAAAGGUUUUGAACCUACUUACCAACUUUUACAUAUCGCCGUCUUCAUCACCGAUGGAUGACCGCAUUUUUGAUCAGUUGUUCGCCCAUGCAUAUCUGUUUAAUAAGCUGUUGUUUGAUUUUGCUUCUUACUCGCCAUGCUUAACAGUCUUCCCAUCUACUAUUGAUUAUAUCUCUGUCCACAUGUCAUGGCUACCUCAGGUUGACAAACUUUUUGCAGCUUCUUCUAACUUUCCGGAAUCAUUAAAAGACUUGGAAAAGCUUGUCUUGAUGAGCUUGAGAGUAUUCAUAACAGUUCUAAAAGAAAUUGAAGAUACCAAGACCUCUCAUCCUGUAGCAAGCGAAAACAUUCGUCAAUCGUUUUUAACUGAUGAUAGACAUUUUUUACUCCUUCGAUUUAUUAUAACGAAGUUACUAGUACUUUCUGAGGCCGAUUUUGAAGAUUGGUCAGAAGAUCCAGAACAAUGGGUCCUCGAUCAAUCUACCCAUGAUGCAGAUUAUAAUAUUCGACCUUGCUCUGAGAAUUUAUUGAAAUGCCUUUUCGAUCAUUUCGGAGAGUUUUAUUCCUACCAAUUUGAAAGCAUGUUGGAAUCGGUAUUUCAGUGUCCAUCUACAUUAGAAGAAUCUAUACAACAAGACGCCCUUUUGUGUUCUAUUGGUACCGGUGCCUCUCAUUUGAAGGAAAUGUUUCCGUUCACUGACUGGUUGGAAAAAGCAGCUAUCCCUAAUCUAUCGAAAAUUACCAAUGGUGGUGUUGCUCGAGUUCUGAGAAGAAGAGUGUCUAUCUUUUUAUCUCAGUGGAUAGAACAUGUUCCAUCUGGUGAGCCAUUGAUGGGCUUGAUAUAUCACAUUUACGCACUAUUGCUGAACCGAAAUGAUCCUUGUAAUGAUUCAGUAGUACGACUCACAUCUAUAGAUUCUUUGCGAGCUGUCUUGGAUGAUUGGUCAUUUUCAGAAGGUGAAUUUCUUAACGUCAAGAAUGAUCUUUUUUACAGUGUCUUAUCAUCAAUAAACGAAUUCCAAACUUUGGAAGGAAAAUUAUCGACGUUGUCGUUACUUGGUACCCUAAUUUCGCGAGCUGGACCUGAAAUAGCACCUUUGGAAGAAAUGACUGUUUCCCUUUUAGCCCGAUUAUGGAAUGAAUGGGCUGCGGAGCCAAUGCUUCGAACAAGGAUCUUGGGAGUUCUAGCCCAGUUUGUUAUUGCAAUCAAAGACAAGUCUAUAGAAUUCUCUGAAUUGCUGGCUGUGAUUAUUGACUAUUGCGUGAAUGUUGAGUCUCCAGACCAUGUUAUAUAUGAAGCAGAUGCUAUGGAGCUUUGGAGUUCUUUCCUUCAGUAUGUCAAAAGACUUCCUGAUGAAUUUAUAUUACUCGUUCCACAUUUGUUAUACCAGCUAUCGCAAGCUACAUCAUCCCUACCAUUUACCUUAAUGAUCUUGAAUAGUUACCUGUUACUUCAAAGUUCAGUCAUCACUGAGAAUUAUUCCCUUGAUGUUUUGGAAAGGUUAACAAACCUUUUAAGCGAUGUUAAGAAUGAUACGCUCCUCGCGUUAUGUAAAACGCUUAGUUUGUUGUUUGAAGUAAAUGCAAGCAAUUCUAUUCAUGAAUCUUUGGUUCAUUCUACACUGCUUCCUGUUGUGUUGAAUUCCAUCAUAAGUUCAGAAAAACAUCCUCAAACUCUCGUACAGUAUUCAUUGCUAUUGUCUAGGAUUAGCCUGUCAUUUCCGAACGUUAUCAUCAACACAUGUUUGACACAACGGCUAAGCGUGUACAUGCUCUUGCAAAACUGGAUUUCAUUGUUUGAUUAUAUUACACAUGCAAAGGAUAGAAAACUGACAGCGCUCGCGAUUACUUCGUUGCUACGUACGAAUGCAGAAGAAGUCUUGGAGGCCUUGAAUUCCAUCAUGCAUCUGUGGUUUAGUGUUUUAAGCGAAGUGGAGGAAGACGAAAAGGGAGAUGCCCCAAUCUAUUACAAAAACGAAGAUUACUCGGCUGUAGGAUUUUAUCUGGAUGAGUCUUCAGAAGAAAUGAAUCGCCGAAAAAUGAUUUUGUCUAGAGAUGCUGUUCAUAGCGUGCCAUCUAAAGCGUUUUUCGUUUCAACGUUUCUGGAAUGCCAAGAAAAGAAUGGUGGAGCACAAGUUUUCGAAAAAGACCAUUUGACCAUGGUGGAUCCAGCCCUCUUAGAUCAAAUGAAUUCCAUGUUGUGAGAGAAACCACCAAAUAAAAUUACAAACCACAAACGGUAGAUAGGAUAGGAAUAAAAAGUCGGAAUCAUUUUAUACGAACGUAGUCGUUUGAGGUAUAACAGGAAUUUGUCAAAAACUGUAUAUUUAGCGGGGAUUUAUGAAUUAGCAUUGUCCUAGAAUAGAAUCGAUUACUUCAAUCAUAACAUGGGGACACACUAUGGGGGAAAUUAGCCGACAAGGGAAUUUCUAAUAGAAGAUAAAAUUCGAACUCAUUUAUUUCCUACAAAUUCAUACGUAGUAACAAUAGAAUCAAGCUCAC